CACAGAUCCUGUCAAAAUGUCCAAGGGGCUUCUCCUCCUCUGGCUGGUGAUGGAACUCUGGUUGCUUUGUCUGACACCAGCUGCCUCUGAGGAUACAAUAAUAGGGUUUUUGGGCCAGUCGGUGACUUUACCUUGUCAGUACUCAUCCUGGUCCCAGAGCCGCAACAGCAUGUGCUGGGGCAGAGGUUCAUGUCCCGGUUCGAAGUGCAAUGGAGAGCUUCUUCGUACAGACGGAACAAGGACCAUCUCCAGGAAGUCAGGAAAAUACACACUUUGGGGGAGUAUCCGGUUAGGUGAUGUGUCCUUGACCAUCUCAAACACCAAUCAAGAUGACAGUGGGGUGUACUGCUGCCGUAUAGAGGUGCCUGGCUGGUUCAAUGAUGUCAAGAAGACAGUGCGCCUGGAGCUGAGGAGAGCCACAACAACCAAAAGACCUACAACAACCACCCGGCUAACCACCCGGCCAACCACCCAGCCAACCACCCGGCCAACCACCACCCCUUACUUGACCACUACCCCAGAGCCGCUUCCGACAACAGUCAUGACCACACCUGAUCCCACAACCACGGCCCAGCCCCAGACGCUGGCUACCACUGCAGUGGGUACAGCAGUAACCAUGUACCCCUCAACAAUGCCUGGCUCCUUCUCACAAAAAACCACAAGUUUUUCAACCACAGAGAUCUUCACAAAAGGGUCUGCCAUCACUGCAGAAUCGGAAACUCUUUCUGCAUUCAACAACUCUCAAAGAAGCGGGAUGACCAUAUCUACAGACACAGCCUUAGUCAGACCCACAGGGUCCAAGGCUUGGAUUCUCUCAUCAACUUCACAGCUGAUGACACAGAAAACAACAUUAACAGCAACGACGAGGAGAGAGUCUUCUAAGAAGACAGGUGAAUUAUAUAAGAUUGAGGACAGACAGACCAACAUCUUGAUCAUCGCCUGCUGUGUGGGGUUUGUGCUGAUGGUGUUAUUGUUUCUGGCGUUUCUCCUUCGAGGAAAAGUCGCAGAAGCCAAUUGUUUGCGGAGACACAGGAGGCCAGACAACACCGAAGAUAGUAAGAGUGUCCUCAAUGACAUGUCACAAGGGAGGGAUGAUGAAGACGGGAUCUUCACUCUCUGACUUGACACAUUUACUUAGGAUUAAGCAUAAGGGACAGCACUUGAAUUGUCAAAAUAAGUUUGGGGAACUGUAACUUUCUUUUAAAGUCUCACUCUGUUUACCGAUGCUGUGGGUCCUGCCUCGUUGUAUCUUCUCACAUGAAGGUGCUCUAGAGACACAUCUUCCCUGCCUAGUGCUUUAGUCAUCUCUGUAGUUUUCUGGCUAGAUGACCUUUCACACUGGGCUUGAACACUGUCAGUGAUGGUGAACCCUUUGCCACAGCCCUGGGAGCCCCUUUAGUCUCCCAGCAGUAGAAGGAGUUAGAAAUAGCCAAUGUAAAAAUCUCUUUUCAGCCAGCAUCCGUUUUGUUGGUGGUAGCUGAACCCAAUUUACACAGAGCUCAUUUAACCUGUCUGUCUUCUUGGUAUCUAAGUUUUUUUGUUUGUUUGUUUUGUUAUGAUAUUAACUUCUCAUUAUAUUCAAGUAUCUUUAAAGCUGACCAUAGUGCUGUCUGAACUCUUGCCAGAGAGAUUGGGUUUUAGAAGCAGUCAAGUGUCCAUCAGAGCAAGGGUGUCAAUGACAAGGAUUGUGCACACUGAAGCUAUCCAAGUAAAUUCCUCUAAGUAUAAUUCAUUUUCCUGCAGUGUAGGAAGAACACAUUUGUUUUAAAACUUUAAUAAUUACUAGUACCAUGAACCCUGAGAGAGAUGGCUGUUGAAUAAAUGAAUGUAAGAAAGCAUAUGUCUGAGCAAGGAUACUCUGACUGCUUGCUAUGGGAAGCUAACUAGAUCUGAAAGACAUUCUCAGACAUUAUCCUUAUGCUCAGGGCAACAGUAUCAUUAAAGGAAUAAGCCUCCAGUCCCAUAGCUAACUCACUUUUGUAUUUCCACUCCCUUAACAGCACCUUUAAGAGGCAACAGAGACUGUGAGAUGGAUCAGCUGGAAAACGGAACUUGCUGCCAAACUUGAUGACUUUAAGUUUAAUCUCUCGGACCCCCAUAGUGGAAGGAGAGGUCCUGUUCUUGCAAGUUUUCCAAAUAUGUGCCAUAGCGUGUACCUUCUCAUAUUAUAUACAUGUACACAACGUAAUAAAAUAAAACAUAUAGACACAAAAAAGGCAAACAAAAUAGCCCCCAUGGUAUAGCCUAGAGAUCUAUUACCCUGUUAGUUGACAUGGCAUGAUUUGAUUGGGAAGAACCCACUCCCAGCCCUCUCACAGACAUAGAGGAGCGCAGUUCAUCCUAUUGUAUGGAGCAGGAAGGAUGGGAACCAUUAGCUACAGAGCAGCAGCUACUUCUCUUCUCUUUUACUCAUCCUGAGGCUAGUGUAAGCUGCGGAAGUCUUGUCAUUUAGAAACUAAGGCGUACUAGAGUCAAGUUCAGGAACAUAGUAUUGUCACUUGGAAAAGUAGAGGUUGACCAGAUGUCUUAAUAGGUAAUCAGUUGUAGUACCAUAUGAGCCUAUGGAAGCCCUCUUCCCAUCUUAGCUCCCACUCCCACUCCCUGUCCAUCUUCUAAGCCACUCCCACCAGCAGUUAACAACUUAAGUCUGACUAGAAGAAAGACAGGAGGAAGGUUCUAAACAGUAUUUAAUUUUGCUCAAUGACUAUUGUCAAUCAUUCUCCAAUAUUGCUCUCAAGAUUCCUGGGUCAGACUGAGCAAUACUUUUAUGAACAUCCAUUGCGUUUUACAUGUAGUUAUGACCUCCAGAAGUCUUGACUGGAGGAACCCCCAACCUUAGGAGAAUUCUGCAGUCAAAUGAGGACUUUUAAAAAUAGGAAUCUCUGGGUUCUAGUCCUAUAGAGAUUCUUUUGUGGUUAGUCCCGGGUAUGAGUUGAGCAUCUGAAUAUUUUUUUAAGGACCCAAAGGAGUGCAACCAGAGCUAUUUCCAGAAUUUUGGAAUGAUCCCCUAGAGUUGCCACAUGUUGCUGGGAAAAUUGGAGUCUUAGAGUUCUUAGUGUGCUUAAUAAAAGAAUUUUUAAAAAUGGACUCAAAAGG